AGCCAGCCCGGGGGACUGGCGUGACUGGCACAGCCUUCAUCAGAUGGGCGUCCUACAGCAGCCACGCCAUGGCGGGUCCAGGCAGGGUGCAGGGGGGUGGGCUCAGCGGUAAGAAGAGGUGGGAGGCGAGUUCUGUGACUUGGUGCAACAGUCUAGUUAUUUCCAAAAGGAAAAGCCGAAGCCUUGGCAGGCUGUAAGGGCACUCUGUAGGAAGAACCCAGGCAGGCCUGUGCUAGUGGAUGUUCGGGGGGCAAGGGCAGGGGCACAAGCAGGGUAAGGGACCCUAGCUGCCUCUCUGGAGUUCAGAGCCAAACCAAGACUGCCUUGUUUCAGAAUCUUUAGGAGUUUGAUUAUGACAGCUGGGUACCGACACCUGAAGUGCUGCCUCUAAGGGGACCCCUCCCCUGAGCCCAGCAUGAUGAAACUAGGGAACAGAAAAGAGACCUUUUGAGGAACCUGCCGCCCAGGCCUCCCCCUUCAAGGGAGGAGACGCAUCUGUAGGACUGAGUCACCUGGCUUAAGAGGGCCAGGGACAGCUCAUUCCCUCGAGCUGGGAACUGAGUCUCAGGUUGUCAGAAAGAUGGAGGGGGUCUGGGGCGGUCGCCCCGAGUGGAAUACAGGGCUGGUGAUAAAAGAAGCAAGAUUGGAUCCCUGGGCCUGGAGAACUGGAGGCAGUCUGGGCAGACAGGGGACACAGCAGGGGUGGGUAGGGGCCUCAGCGACACUUGCUGCUGGGUGGAAAAUUGUAAACAGCCAAAGAAUGUUGUUUGCUUGCAAGAGGCCAGGGGAGGCCGCCAGGUCCGUGGGGAGAGGCAGCCAGCCCAGGAGCAGGGCAGGGCCUCAUCCUAGAGGCUAGGCCACCUCCCGACGGCCCCUGGUCCUUCUCCUACUGCCGCUAGACAGGCAGGUCAGGAACACUGGCUCCUGAGGCUCCUGGGGAAGUAAGUCUCCCCUUAUCUCUGUCUGUGUCCCCUGACCUCCGGUUGGAUGACACCCAGGCAGUAUGUAACAAAACUGCCCAGUUGAAGUGCCACAAUAACUGUGGCAUACAACCAGUACAACUGAGGCCGGAGGGCUUCUGACCCCUGAGGCCAGCUUUGAGAAGAUUGAGGCAACAGCCAGCCCCUCUAAAGUGCUCCUAAGAGUGCAAACAGGAAGUGCUUUUCAGAACAAGCUACGGGACAAGACCCCAGGUACUUCUCUUUGUUUGUUUGUUUUUGUUUGUUUGUUUCUCUGUGUAGCCCUGGCUGGACUCACUCUGUAGACUGGACUGGCCUGCCUCUGCCUCCUGAGUGCUGGGACAGGCAGCGCUACGCCCAGCUUCCCCAGGUUUCCGGGAUUACCAGAGGGGACGCCCUUCACCUUGAGAUCCAGCAAGAGAGGGCCAUCUCUACCUGCUCAACCCUUGCUCCCAUUCUACUCAUGCGGGGCCACCGUGGUCUCCAGCCAGUCUCAGCUGCCUGUGCCGGUCACCCGAUCCACCCUGUAGCCCUGCAAACUUUAUGGACAAGAGGGGUUAAGGCGGAAGACACCUUGGCAGAGUUCUUCGUGGAGUGCGGGAAGGCAGCCCUUGUCAGCCUCACAGACUGCUAAGAACCCGAGGAGAGGCGCAGAUCCUGGGGCAGAGUCCAGGGCGGCUGAAGGCUCCUCCACACACGCCUGCUGAACCCUGAGCGCCCUGAGCUGCCGGCAUGGGGCGGGCCGAGGCCGCCGCCAUGAUCCUAGGCCUGGCCCUUUUCUGGGCAGCAGGGUUAGGGGAUGCCGCCCCUAACCUUCCUCGCCUUCGGCUCUCCUUUCAAGAAUUACAGGCCCGGCAUGGUGUCCGGACCUUCAGGCUGGAGCGGACCUGCUGUUAUGAAGCCUUGCUAGUGGACGAGGAGCGUGGACGCCUGUUUGUGGGCGCUGAGAACCAUGUGGCUUCCCUCAGCCUGGACAACAUCAGCAAGCGAGCCAAAAAGCUGGCCUGGCCGGCCCCUGUGGAAUGGCGAGAAGAGUGCAACUGGGCAGGGAAGGACAUUGGUACGGAGUGCAUGAACUUUGUGAAGCUGCUGCAUGUUUAUAACCACACCCACCUGCUGGCCUGUGGCACAGGGGCCUUCCACCCGACCUGUGCAUUUGUGGAGGUGGGCCACCGGCUGGAGGAACCUGUGCUUCGGCUGGACCUGAGGAAGCUUGAAGAUGGCAAGGGGAAGAGUCCUUAUGACCCGAGGCAUCGGGCUGCCUCCGUGCUGGUGGGGGAAGAGCUGUAUUCAGGGGUGGCAGCGGACCUCAUGGGCCGUGACUUUACCAUCUUUCGAAGCCUGGGCCCGAAUCCGAGUCUCCGGACAGAGCCCCAUGAUUCCCGCUGGCUCAACGAACCCAAGUUUGUCAAGGUCUUUUGGAUCCCAGAGAGCGAGAACCCCGAUGACGAUAAAAUCUAUUUCUUCUUCCGUGAGUCCGCAGUGGAAGCAGCACCAGCAAUGGGACGCAUGACUGUGUCUCGUGUUGGUCAGAUCUGCCGGAAUGACCUGGGUGGCCAGCGCAGCUUGGUCAACAAAUGGACCACUUUUCUCAAGGCGAGGCUUGUGUGCUCAGUCCCUGGAGUUGAGGGUGACACCCAUUUUGAUCAACUUCAGGAUGCGUUCCUUUUGUCCUCCCGGGACCGGCAGGCAUCGCUUCUCUAUGCUGUCUUCUCCACCUCCAGUGGCGUCUUCCAGGGCUCUGCUGUGUGCGUGUACAGCAUGAAUGACGUGCGCCGAGCCUUCCUGGGACCUUUUGCUCACAAGGAGGGGCCUACACAUCAGUGGGUGUCCUACCAGGGUCGCGUCCCCUACCCACGGCCUGGCAUGUGCCCCAGCAAGACCUUUGGUACCUUCAGUUCCACCAAGGACUUCCCAGAUGAUGUUAUCCAGUUUGCCCGGAACCACCCUCUCAUGUACAACUCAGUCCUGCCCAUGGGGGGGCGUCCUCUCUUCCUACAAGUGGGAGCUGGGUACACCUUCACCCAAAUCGCUGCAGACCGGGUGGCGGCUGCUGACGGACACUACGAUGUUCUCUUCAUUGGUACAGAUGUGGGCACAGUGCUAAAGGUGAUCUCAGUCCCCAAGGGUAGCCGACCUAACUCUGAAGGCCUUCUCCUGGAAGAGCUGCAGGUGUUCGAGGACUCGGCCACAGUCACCAGCAUGCAAAUCUCCUCGAAGAGGAACCAGCUCUACGUAGCCUCACCCAGCGCCGUGGCCCAGAUCGCACUGCACCGCUGCACGGCCCUAGGCCGCGCCUGCGCAGAAUGCUGCCUGGCGCGUGACCCUUACUGCGCCUGGGAUGGGUCGGCCUGCACACGCUUCCAGCCUACUGCCAAGAGGAGGUUCAGGAGGCAGGAUAUAAGGAAUGGUGACCCCAGCACCCAGUGCCCCGGGGACUCUCCUCACUCUGCGCUGCUGGAGAGGAAGGUCUUAGGUGUGGAGAGUGGGAGCGCCUUUCUGGAGUGUGAGCCCCGCUCACUCCAGGCGCAUGUGGAAUGGACCUUCCAACGCGCGGGGGAGGCCGCUCACACCCAGGUGCUGGCCGAGGACCGCGUUGAGCGCACCGCGCGGGGGCUGCUGCUGCAUGGUCUGCGGCGCCAGGACUCGGGCGUGUACCUGUGCGUGGCAGUGGAACAAGGCUUUUCCCAGCCGCUGCGUCGCCUGGUGCUGCACGUGCUGAGCGCGGUACCCGCUGAACGACUGGCACGGGCCGAGGAGGCGGUGGCUCCCGCGCCCGCGGGUCCUAAGCUCUGGUACCGGGACUUUCUGCAGCUGGUGGAACCGGGCGGCGGUGGAGGCGCCUCCUCCCUGCGAAUGUGCCGCCCGCAGCCCGGGCCCCACCCUGCGCCUUCGGAAUCACGGCGGAAGGGGCGCAACAGGCGGACGCAUGUCUCUGAGCUGCGUGCGGAGCGUGGACCACGCAGCGCGGCGCACUGGUGACCGGCUGGUCCCCACAGCGGGGACCGGGAUGGAUAUGACACUCAGAGGAGGGGUCCGACAGAUGCCAGGAAGACAGAUGAGCUGUGGCUGGGGCACACUGAGGUCCUUGGGCCAGCGGAGACACCUAACCCCUGCAUAGGCCCUGGCCAAAGGGUCGCUUAUUUAUUAACAAGAUAACUCAUGAAUGUAGCCCCAAAAGAGGGGUCCGGGCUCAAUUCAGGAUCUAGCCUGGAGGGAGUGGACAGAGAAGUAGGGUUCCAGAGUAGACCAGGGCCAGAGAGCUGUCUUGGGUGCCCGUCCUGGGGGAAGCAAUCUCUUUCUUGGGCAGUGAACAGAAAGCUGUGAACAGAUCAGACUGUUGGGUAUGGGGCGUGUGGCAGGCCAACUGUACUAAAGUAAUGCAAUAAACACUUCAUCAGCUGA